GGUUUUCGCCGAUAGACUAGACGUUCCUAACUUCCAUUGAUCCCCAACAUGAUGGCAUCGUGUUUUCUUCGGUCUUUUUCAUACAACUCAUCGAAGACGCUGCUUCUGCUGCUUAGAUUGUCGGCGUGAGCUUCACCGAAUUAUUCUCUUACGUGUUUUACCACACUGUGGUUAUGCCAUGGUCUUGCCUUACUUAACUUAGCCUGCUCUGCUCGUAAUCCAGUCUUAUGGCUGUUAGCACCCAGCGUCGAUGAUUGGUUAAGCAGAUUUCGCUCAACAUACCCUACUCCGAUCACCUCGAAAUUUCCGGUUUUUGACAUCUUCCGCUCACUGUUCUCGUGAAUGGGGAAUAAGUAAUGCCCUCGCGAAAUCGUUUGCUGGAAUAUCAGUCGGAUUCAAUGCACCUCCGGCCAGACUGAUGUGUGCACCGUCGCAACCAUCGUUGGAUAUGGAUGAUGAUGAUGAUGACAUGGAAGUGGAGGGAGUCGCUGAGGACCGGGAGCUAAAAGUGCGCAAAAAUUACCGAGGGAAGCCUUACAACCCGGUUGACUUGGCCACUAGCAUGGAGUACUUGAAAUCCGAUGUGUAUCGUGAUACCUACUUAGGCAAACCGGUCUGGUUCUAUUACCGUCGAAAUUUCAGAGGACACUUUGCUCCACCGACAACGCGUCGAAAUUGUGUCAAAGCGAAUAAGCUUGUUUCGUCAAAUCCUUGUCCCAUUUGCCGAGACGAGUAUCUGGUGCUUGACUAUCGGCACACUGAUCUACUGGUUCAGUUCGUGGAUCCCAUCACUGCCAAGAUCCUCGAUUGUUGUCAAACGGGUUUGUGCCGAGCGCAACACAAAAGACUACUUUUAGAGAUUGAAAAAGCACAAGACCUUGGUACCGUUGAGAUGUAUCUCCCUUUCCAUGUAUACAACUACUCCGAUUAUUACUCCUACCUACCACCAGAUAAGCUCAGCGCGCUUCUCUACGCCAGUGGUUCUGUCACCCCAGACGAUCCUACGAAUGUGCACAAACACCUCUCGCUCGAGGAGUUCACCUCUUUACCGGCGAAUGUGCAAGAUUUGCUGAAAGAUGUGGACGUGAUACCGCACGCACGCGGUGGUAAAAUUCUUUCUAGAGAGACUGAAAUUGAGCGGCCCAAAGUACCAAGUCGAUACCAUAUGGAGGAGGAUCACAAGAAACGUGUGGCCAGGAUCCGCAAAUCGCGUACACUCAUCUUAGAGUGA